AGUGUGGAGCGGGGAGCGGGGCCUGACCCGAGGGUCGAGACGGGGCGGCGGCAACAGCUGACCGAGCUGUGACCUUGACCGGGUCGUAGCCUCGGGCGAGGUCCGCCGGCCGGCCGGCCCGGGACAGAGCGGCGGCAGGAGUCCAGACUGAGACGGGUGUUUUGACCAACAACCUCGUGAGUCGUGACUUGAGAGGAGUAGCCGGUCAGCCAAACAGAGCGCAGGAUGCAGAUACUCUUGAUGGCAGCACUGGCGGUACUCGUCACCUCCGAGGCUGCAGUCACCGCCCACUGCGACUGUAGGACGGCCUUCGGCUGCCCUCAGGCCUACCACUUAGGGCUGCCCAUCGGAUGCUACCUACACGAAACGCGCACCGUAGGUGUUUGCUGCCCGGCAAACAGCUCACCGGCACAGGCCUUCAGCGGAGAAGCGUUGGAGAUAGGCGACAGGAUCCCCUCACAGAGCAGUGGGGACUCCAGUGGAUCCAGCGGAGAGGCUGGAAAGUUGACAGCUGGAGAGGGGGGACCCAGUAAUGGCGCUCAAAUCCAUCAAGAAGAAAAAGAAGAUGAAGGUUCCAGUAACGGUUUCGAAGGGCAGGCACAAAGCAGCAGUUAUGGGCAGAGUGAUGGGUUCGGCCAGAGCAGCGAUAUGUCUACGGCUCCAUCCAGCGUUAGCAGCACGGAUAACUCGCACGGGGUGUACCAGACGCCGCCAAGCACUACGUACGGAGCACCCUCUACCCACGACGACUGCCGGCCGCUGGUCAUGUGUCCUCCGGUGGUAGCCAGUCCGCAGUCGCUGUACUUGAACGGCUGUACGCUGCAGGACGGCUCUCCGGGUAUCAGCUGCUCCUUCUCCGGGCCGCGUCUUGCGUCAGUGGGUGCCGCCGGCCGCUCCUCGACGACCAUGGACGGACUGCGACCGAUGGUGUCGGCACAGUCGUUCGUCGAGCCAGCUCUCCAGCUGCAGGCGUCACCGGCGGCACUGCAGCGCGCGCAGGCGGCCGGCCAGCGGGCGUUCGCGGUCACCACCUCUGCCAGCUUCCAGCUGGUCACCACGGGCCAGACGGCCGCCGCCGACUCGCCCACCGAGCUGUUCAACUUCAACUCGCAGUCGACCAACGAGAUACAGCAGCUGGGUCUGCAGGCGCUCCAGUCCCUGGAAACCUUCACCAACCUGGCCGUGACUGGUGGCGGAGCUGCAGGCGCAUUCGUCGGCUCAACAGUUGGCGAUGGGUUGGACGGCUCCGCUGCUCAAAGCUUCGCACAGGGAAACAAUAUCCCGGAACAGGGUUUUGCGAAUCAGGAAAGCUUCCAGGCCGGGUCGCUCCGUCCCACUGGAGAAGGUUUUCAAACUACCAUGGACCCGACGUGCACCCCCGAUCCGCCCAUCACCUGUUCCAACAGCUUGUACCGCACCGUCACUGGAGAGUGCAACAACCUGUUCAAUCCCAGAUUGGGCAAGGCGCUUACCGGGUUCAAACGCCUCCUUCCGAACACCUUCGACGACGGCAUUUUCGCGAUCCGGACUCGCGCGGUGCGAGGUGGUACCCUUCCCACAGCACGCUUCAUCAGUGAGCGUGUGCUUGACGUGUUCUCUAAUGAGCUGCGCCAGCACACGCUCUCGUUGAUGCAGAUUGGACAGUUUGCAGACCACGACCUCACGCACGCGCUCAUCUUCCGUCUGCCAAACGGAACCGGCAUCGAGUGCUGUCAAAACGACGGCGAGACGUACCCGCCGACGCUGCUGCACCCGCAGUGCAUUCCGAUCCCGAUUCCAGCCAACGACCCGUUCUACAGUCGGUACCGACAGCGGUGCAUGAACCUGGUGCGAUCGCUCCCCGCGCCGGCACCGGACUGCGUGGCGAGACCGGCGCGCCCUCUGAAUGAGCUCACAUCGUUCAUCGAUGGAUCAAAUGUGUACGGAAGUUCGGAAAAGGAGACACGGAACCUUCGCGCCUUCCAGCACGGUCUUCUGCGAGAGAGCGCCCACAGACUCCUGCCGCUGGACCAGAGACCCGACAAACCGUGUCGACGAGACACUUGCUUCCACGCGGGAGACACGCGAGUAAACGAGCAGAGUUUGCUGGCCGUCACUCACACGAUCUGGAUGCGCGAGCACAACCGGAUAGCGCGAGCUUUGCAAGCGCGUCACUCGCGCUGGGGCGACGAGCGACUCUACCAGGAGGCGCGUCGCGUGCUCGUCGCCGAGUGGCAGCACAUCCUCUACAACGAGUGGCUGCCGGUGCUGAUCGGCUUCAAGUACGCUGAAGAUCACGGCCUUCUGCCGCUGCAGGCGGGUUACUCGAACCACUACGAUCAUCGCAUCGAUCCGACCAUCUCCAACUCCUUUGCCACUGCCGCAUUCCGAUUUGGCCACACGAUGGUGCGAGACAUGUACGACAUCCUCGACGCCAACGGCGUCGUCGUCGGCUCGUUCAACAUCUCCAGCACGUUCUUCGAUCCGACGGUCAUCGCCCACGGCAUCACCGACCACGCUCGAACCAUGGUCGCCAUGCGAUCGGAGACCUUCGACACGUUCUUUGCUCGCAGUCUGCACGAGCAGCUCUUCACCACCAACCACUUGUACGGCCUCGACCUGCUGGCGCUCAACAUCCAGCGCGGUCGUGACCACGGAACGCCCACAUACGCCCAGGUGGCCGAGGCGUGCCGCCUGGUGCCGUCAGUUCGCUUCUGGGGCGACCUGCACGCACUCAUGGACAGCACCGUCAUCGACCGGCUCCGCUCCGUCUACGACGACCCGUGGGACGUGGACCUCUUCAUCGGCGGCGUCAGCGAGCGACUGGCGCCUGGCGCCCAGGUCGGCCCCACGUUCCAGUGCCUGAUCGGACAGCAGUUCUUCGACCUCCGCUACGGAGAUCGCUUCUUUUACGACAACGGCGGCCAGCCGCACAGCUUCUCACUACCGCAAUUGAGCCAGAUUCGCCGCGCCAGCUGGGCUCGUAUCAUGUGUGACACACUGGGCCCAGAGUUCCUGAACGACUUCCACCACGUUCAGCCGCUCGCAGUCCUGACGCCGGGCGGGCAGAAUCAGAUUGUCAGUUGCGACUCGUUGGCCAUUCCGCGAGUAGACCUUGGCCUGUUCUAAUGGAGGCCUGUCGGGACGUGGAGAUGGGAGAAAGUGUCGUUUUUGGUCAGAUCACAGAUGUUACAUUGUCUUCAUUAAAAGAUGUGCUGUUGUAAUAUCAAAAUAUGUGUGCAUGUACAUAAAUUGAAAGACAUUGAGCCACCACACUGCGGUUUCCAAGGGUGAAUGAAUUAAUUCAUUUUGCGAGAUUAUUUCUCUUCCUUUUACAUUUUCAUUGAAGCCCACAAUGCGACGUAUCAUAGGUGGAAUAUAAGCUUUACCGGUAACCGAGCAGAAAUGAUUGAAUAAAGUUGGCCGAAGACCUGU